GAAACGGCAACGGCUCCAAGUUCGAUAGCGCCGGCGUAAUCUGAAGAAAGCCGAUGGAUGAGCUUGUGUCCGUAGUUAGUGGUAGAAAUAGUGCUGUAGUUUCCACGUUAGUUUUCGCUCAUCUGUUACACUAGUUCCAUACCCGGGGUAAAGUUUUGUAAGACCCCUGUCAACAGACGAGGGCUGAGGAGGCAAGUUCAGGUUUAAAAAAUGUCGCUGUGGGCUAAAGCACAACAGCUACCGCCAGAAGCAUUGCAGCAGGUCCGUUCUGUUUAUGGCGAGCACUUCCCAAUCGAAGUGCGGCACUUUCUAUCAUCAUGGAUCGAAGAAAAAAUGUGGGCUGAUAUCGAGCCGGAUAAUCCACAACACGAACAAUACAUAACUAGCCUUGUCGGACUAUUGGUACAAGAAUUAGAAGCCAAAGCAGCAUCGUUUACCACUGAAGAUAUGUUUCUAACAAAAUUGAAACUGAUGGAAGCAGCAAAGAUGUUCAGACAACGAUACAGUCAGAACCCUACCGCCUUGUUCAAAAUAAUAACGCAUUGCCUGGGAACAGAAACGAAAUUAGUUGCACAGGUUGAAAAUGUUGGGGGUGCAUUGAUGAACAUGGCUGGCGGACGGGGGUUGAUGGUAGGGAUGGAUGUGAUUGCAGAAAUUGCACAACAAGUAGAUGCGUUACGGCGUAGAACACAAGAAACUGGGGAAGAUUUGCGUAGAAUGGAACAAGAACAAGAAGCUUUUGCUAUCAGCUAUCAUGAUUGCACUAAACUAAGCACACACUUGCAACAUCUUUCUACACAACCCCAAAACCAGCAGAGUCUUGAACUCGAAAAAAAGUUGCGAAGUAUUUAUAGACAGAAGGACCAACAGGAACUACUGUUGAACCAUAAGGUAACUGGCCUUUUGCAGCUCCGAAUGACAUUAGCUGACAAAUUGAAAGAUACUAUUGCCAGGCUCAACAACCUUCAAUCCAGAGUUCUCGAUGAUGAACUCAUUAGGUGGAAACGAGAUCAGCAGUUAGCAGGAAAUGGAGCUACUUUCAAUAGCAAUUUAGACUCUAUUCAAGAAUGGUGCGAAAGUCUUGCUGAACUAAUAUGGCACAAUAGGCAACAAAUCAAAGAGGCAGAACGUCUCAAACAAAAACUUGCCUUGGAUCAUCCUGGGGUGCAGGAUAUUCUUCCCACUUUAAAUUCGCAAAUUACCCAGCUUCUGAGUUCUCUUGUUACAAGUACCUUCAUUAUUGAAAAACAACCACCACAGGUGAUGAAGACAAACACACGAUUCACAAGUACAGUACGUCUUUUGGUUGGUGGUAAAUUAAACGUUCAUAUGACACCUCCACAAGUAAAGGUCAGCAUAAUUAGUGAAGCACAGGCGAAUGCCCUCCUAAAGAGUGAUAAGAUGGCCAAAAGUGGCGAGGCCAGUGGAGAAAUUCUGAAUAAUACUGGCACGAUGGAAUAUCAUCAGGCAACUCGGCAACUUUCGGUGAGCUUCCGAAACAUGCAGUUGAAGAAAAUAAAGCGUGCAGAGAAGAAAGGAACGGAGUCUGUAAUGGACGAAAAGUUUUCCCUUCUAUUUCAAUCACAAUUUAGUGUUGGUGGCGGGGAAUUAGUCUUUCAAGUAUGGACGCUCAGUCUUCCUGUUGUGGUAAUUGUGCAUGGGAAUCAAGAACCACAUGCUUGGGCAACAGUUACCUGGGACAACGCCUUUGCUGAACCAGGAAGAGUACCAUUUGCGGUCCCUGACAAAGUGCCAUGGGGACAAGUUGCCGAGGCAUUAAACGUCAAAUUUCGUUCAGCUACCGGACGUCCCUUGACAGAGGACAACCUGCGGUUUUUAGGCGAAAAAGCUUUUAGAGGUGGCAAUUCAGGAAAUCAAGAUUAUUCGGGGCUGCUCCUUACUUGGGGACAGUUUUGCAAGGAGCCACUGCCUGAGAGGAACUUCACGUUCUGGGAAUGGUUCUACGCAGUCAUGAAAUUGACAAGAGAGCAUUUACGUGGCCCUUGGAUAGAUGGCUACAUCCUUGGUUUUGUACGAAAGAAGCAAACCGAGGAAAUGUUGGCCACUUGUGCUUCCGGGACUUUCCUUAUGCGGUUCUCAGAUUCGGAACUCGGAGGUGUCACUAUUGCUUGGGUUGGCGAUCAAAGAGAAGUGUUUAUGUUGCAACCAUUUACCAGCAAGGACUUUGCUAUUCGGUGUCUGGCUGACCGUGUCUCUGACUUACAACAUCUCUUGUACUUAUAUCCAGAUCUGUCUAAAGAUCAUGCCUUUUCUAAAUACUAUACGCCAUUCAAUGACAGUCAGCCAACGUCAAAUAAUGGCUAUGUUAAGCCACUAUUAGUAACACAUGUUCCUGGUUGGGGGGGCCCUGGAGGUGGUGGUCAGACACCUUCGCAUUCAUCCGUUAUUGGAAUUGGAGGAAGUCACGGUGGUCAAGGUGGUAGCUAUCCUGCAACACCCAUGUUCCAGGCAUCCAGCCCUGAUCCCUCUGUUUCCAGAGACACUCCAUCUGUUGCAUCAAGCUAUGCUCCGGGCCUUGGCCAGUCGGGGGUGGGAAGGUUCAACACGGAUACGGAGUAUGGAGAUAUUUUGAACCAGCCUGAUUUGAACUUGGACCCGCUCAACGCCUUGACCUUCCCUGAAUUCAUGCAAUAGGAAACCCAAGCCCCAAUAGGUAUGCCCAUCAAUUUUCAUCAAUAAUUGAUUGUUGAAUCGCCAUUUUGAAAUUUUCUGUUCAUAAAAUUCUAUAUGGCGGAUUUGAUCCGCUCCUCGUUAUUAAGAGGGGUAUUGAAGAUGAGAAGUGUAAGUCCAAACAAAGCGAUAUGCUGUUGAGAUCACUUGAUUGUGUUGUAUUAAUAAUACAAAGAUGACAUACAAAGUAUACUCAUAAAUUUACUAAUUUGGUGUGCAGCAUUUGUAUACCUUAGAAAUAAUAAUAGAUUCACUUUUUGGAGAUUGCAUUAUCUGAUUUUACUUCAAUCAUGUUUCACAAGUCAAAGACGUAAAGCAAAAAAAAAAAAAUUAUCAU